AAUCUGGCAUCCCUAGCCAGUUAUUGGGUGCCUGCUGUGCUGUGCAGCAACUCAGAAAGGUAAGGCGCUAGGAAGUUUCCCCGGGUUGGAGCUAAGAGCACGAGUUCUCGAAUCUGACGACCUGAGUUCAAACUUAGCUUUGCUGCUUACCAGCUGUGUAGACUUGGGCAAGUUAGUGAUUUUUGCUAAACUUCGAUUUCUUUGUCUCUGAAAUGGGGAUAGGAAGAGCACUUAAUUCCUGGGAUGAUCAUGAGGACCCCCUAAGUUCAGCAAAUAUUUGUUGAGCACUUACAUGUGAAUCAGCACUGUCCUCAGCUCAUGUCCUGGUCACACAGUCUCUGCCAUAGAGUAAGUGGUGAUAGAUUUACUAAGCAAAAACAAACAAACAAAAACAAAUGCAAGGUGGUGCUAAAGGCAAGUAAGAAGGAACACAGCACAGUGAAGGGUGGGGACAUACUGUUUCUCUGAGCGUUUAUUGUUCUGGUGAGAUGACAAUUAGCAGAGACCACACUGCCAUGGAGGACCGAACACAGUGCUAUCUGAGAGAAGCACAGAGUGGGCAGCCAGCAGCCGGUGCUCAGGCUGUGGCUGGCAGGGAGUCUGCAUGAUGCACUUGGGGAACAAGAAUAGGCCACUAGAACUGAUGAGUAAGAAGAGGUUGGUGGUGGCUGGCCAGAGACAACAUUGUGAAAGGUGGAAAGAGCAUGAAGGGCUUAGAGGCCUUGGAAUUUUAUCCUGAGAGAGGAUGAAAAAUCACUGGAAUUUUAAACAAAGGAAGAGCGUUGUCUGAUAUUCUUACUACUGGGGGAAGAUAAUGAUGCAUUGCCUAGAGGAAGUGCAGAGAUGUAUUUAGAGGCUCUUGCAAGACAGGAUAGUGGCUUAGGGGUAGUUAAAAGUGGAGGCCGGCAGCUGAAGCGGGCCGGGAAAGGCCGGAGAGCGCCAAGGCUUUCGGGUGCGAGGGCUCUGGUGCCCAGGGUGAGGCAGAAGUGUGACACUCGCCCGUGGGCAUUGCAGUGGCUGUGGCCUGGCAGAAGGAUAGUGGUGGCAGUGGCCAGCUGGGGCCUGGGCUGGCAGACCAGGAGUGCCCUCUGUCACUGAGUAAUGUGAAAGGGCAUAACUUAGCAGAUGAAGACUGUGUGGACCCUGGGCCAGACACCAGGAAUAACGGCUGCUGGGGGCCUGGCUGGACUGAGAUCAGGAGAAGCUGCUCAGAGAGAGUAGGGAGCUGGUUGACCUGGCCCACCUGCACCCUACCAGCUGUGCUCCUAACGGCCUGAACUCCAACCUCGUGGUGACCUGAGGCCGGUGCUGGCAGGCUUGGGUUGCUAGUCUAUGGACCUCGCAGCCCAUCUGGCCACGCACCCCUGGUUGUCCCGCUGGGCAGCACGUCCAUGUGGCUUGCCGGACACCUCUAGGGCUUGGGCCCCCCAUCUCUGCACUAGGGCAUGGCCCCUGCGUUCCCACCCACCCUGGGGGCUCCCUGCCGUCGGCCUACCAGUUUGUCAGGGACUCCCAGUAGGGCCAGCUGUUGGUCAUUCCCAGCGAUCACCUGCCUCACAUUGCGGAGCUGAUGGAGCGGGCCAUCUUGCCGCCCCUUUGCCCCGUCCUGUACUCUCCGGGCGGCAGCCCCCUGCACCAAGCCCAGCAGUUGCAGCUCUUUUCGCUGCAGCACUUCCUGCAGCCACAGGAGUUCCUGUACCUGCAGCAGUGGGUGGCCCAGGCCCUGGAACUGCAAAGGAGCGCCCAGCUGGAGUGGCUGAAGGCGCAGGAGUACCGGGCAGAGAUGGAGGAGAAGGCGAGCAACCGGGGCCUGGAGGCCGCGGGCAAGGCUGGCCUGGCCACCGCUGGCCCCGGGAUGCUGCUGCGGAAGCCCCCGGCCUGGCCGCCGGCCCUGCGAGCAUCUAUGGCAAGGCGGUGAGCCUGCCGCCAUCGCCCCGCGCGUCCCCCGUGGCCUCCCUGAAGACUAAGGUCAUCCAGCAGCUGGAGGACGUGUCCAAGCCGCCUGCCUACGCCUACCCUGCUACCCCCAGCUCCCACCCCACCAGCCCGCCACCGCC